AUGAACGACGAUCUAAUCACCAGCGCCGUCUCUUUCCUUAGAGACCCUAACGUGGCGUCGUCGCCUAUCAACAAGAAAAUCGAGUUCCUUCAGUCGAAAGGAUUGAAUGAACAACAAAUCGAAGAAGCGUUAAGAAGAGCCAACGAUUCGGGCUCCGGCAGCUCGGCGUCAAACUCUCCGCAGGUGGCUACCUCGACGUAUUCGUCGCAACAAUCAUAUAAUGCCCCAGCUCCGUUGGACUAUUAUUCGGUGCCCCCACAGGUGCCGGAACGAAGCUGGAAAGAUUACUUCAUUAUGGCCACCGCUACAGCAGGUGUCACAUAUGGAUUGUAUCAGGUGGUAUCACGAUAUCUUAUUCCCAGCAUCAUCCCGCCGGGGCAGUCCCGUGUGGAUGAAGACAAGGAGAAGAUUGACGAGGAGUUUGUUAAGAUUGAUAAAGUGCUUGAACAGAUGGCAAUUGAGCAGAAGGAGAUCAAAGACUCCAACGAGGCCAAGUUGAAGGAAAUUGAUGUAGUUAUCGACAAUGUCAACGACUUUUUGGCCAAAUAUAACAAAGACAAGUUGAAGUUCGAUGACGACUUGCGGUUGAUGAAACUCGAAGUGGAUAAUUUGCUGAAUGCUGUCGAAAAGAACAUGCGAUUAACCAAAGAGAGCAUUUCGGAUGAGCUUAGCAACAUUUCGGAAGAGCUCACUUCGCUCCGCAACUUGAUCAAGGCUCGUGGCGAGGCUGCUUCCACCUCUGAGAGGAAAGUGGCCCCAGUGUCUUCAAUUCCAUCUGCAUCUGAGAUCUUGAAGAGAGCCAAGAGCAACCAGGCUACCAGUAAUGCAAAUGGGGCUAACAGUUCCGAGAGGAAAUCAGUGGAUGCAGCAAGAGAACCUACUUCGCAACCAUCUACCAUCAAUACCUCUGUAGCUAGCCCAAAAGGUGAGAUCUUUGCAGCUGGAAUUCCCGACUGGCAACUCAAGCAUAAGCAGGCCGAGGAAGAGAGGGAGUUGAAGGAGCAGCAAGAGAAGGCAAAUGCACAAGUGGAUGUGAGCGAGUCCGAGGGAGAGUGGCCUCCUACCCAAGUGCAGAGUCAAAGCGGAAUUCCCCUUUGGCAGCAACAGAUGAAGAAAGAUGACGAGAUCGUGGAGAAGUCCAUUGAGAAUGUGGGCGUUCCCGCAUGGCAGUUGAAUGCCUCCAAGUAG